AUGGCACCUCUAUCCUUCACCUGGCUAGCCACCACCGCAGCGCUGCUGCUGCCAGCCCUUCGAGGCCAUGCAGCCGGUACAUCGAGCUACAAUGGGCUGGCCCUUACGCCUGCAAUGGGAUGGGAUAAUUGGAAUGCGUUUGGGUGUAAGGUUAGCGAGGAGCUGAUCCUUACUACCGCUCAAAAGAUUGUUGAGUUGGGGCUACGCGAUCUUGGCUACUACUACAUCAUCCUAGACGACUGUUGGUCCAGCGGCAGGACCUCAAACGGUACUCUCCAGGCAAACAGUACCAAAUUCCCAGAUGGAAUUCCAGCGGUUGCGGAAAAGAUUCAUGGCAUGGGGCUCGGGUGGGGCAUGUAUUCCUCUGCUGGGAAAUACACUUGCGCGCAAUACGCCGCAUCUUUGGGAGUGGAGAAACAAGAUGCCCAAACAUUCGCCGAUUGGGGGGUCGAUUAUCUCAAGUACGACAACUGCUACAAUGAGGGACAGGAAGGGACGGCCCUCGUCACAUACAAUCGGUACAAGGCAAUGUCGGAUGCGCUCAAUGCUACAGGCCGACCCAUUCUCUACUCGAUGUGCAAUUGGGGGCAGGACUCUCCAUGGGACUGGGCCCAGACAGUAGCCAACAGUUGGAGGAUGAGUGGUGAUGUCUUGCCUGGAUUUCAUUGCUCGGUCAUGAAUAUUCUCAAUAAGGCGGCUCCUAUUCUGAACAAGGCUCAGCCAGGAGCUUGGAACGACUUGGAUAUGCUGGAAGUAGGCAAUAGUGGCAUGACGGAUGAUGAAUACAAGACGCACUUCAGCAUGUGGGCCUUAGCCAAGUCUCCGCUGAUCAUGGGCACCGACGUGACCAUGAUGAUAGCUGAGACUCUCUCUAUAUAUUCAAAUCCCGCCAUUAUCGCGAUCAAUCAGGACCCGCUUGGUGUGCCCGUUACGCGUGUUUGGCAAUCACCCGCGCAACCCCAGAAUGAAACAUACUCCGUCGAUGCCUACACCGCUGGGGAAACGUCAUUCUGGACUGGCGAGUUGAUGAAUGGCGAUUAUGUUGUUGCAUUCGUAAACGGAGGCCCAAAAGCCACCACGCUGACUGCCACCAUGAACGACGUCUUCAUCGAUCUAGUCACUACUGGCUCGAACGCCCCCGUACCUCAACUCCAGCAGACAUACGACGUAUACGACCUUUGGGCCAACAGAAUGAGCAACACCACCGCUCAAGCCAUCAUCAAUGGGAAUUUUACCAUGGAAACAAAUAGUACCAACACUACGAGCGAAGCUAGUGCCAAUUCGACGUUACCAAUGCAGACAUACAAUGCUACGCAGCUCAGCUACGCAGACGGGCUAAACGCGAACAACACGGCUUUGUUCGGGGUCAAAGUCAAGACCAUGGCGCCGAUGGGAACGCUGAGCACUACCGUACCCAGUCACGGGGUGGCGGUGUAUCGUUUGAGAUCUCAAGGUGGUGGGAGUGGGAUGAGGAAGAGGGAUGAGUUGUAA